AUGGAGAAUUCAUCCUUCGUUAGUCUGCCUCAGUGCCCUCUAACCGCUGCGACCUCCCGGCCUACCGUGCACAUCCCCUAUUUGCUGAGCGACAGCCUGACCGCUCUCCUGUCCAUCGCGGGCAACCUGUUCAUCUGUGCGGUCAUCUUGCGGAACAGGAAGUUGCGUUCCACCGUCACCAACUAUUUCCUGCUCUCGCUGGCUGUGGCGGACCUCUUGGUGGGGGCAGUGGUCAUCCCCUGUGCCCAGUUCACCGAUGUGGGGCUGCCCCAGUCCAGGCCCCAGCUGUGUCUCCUGAUGCUUUGCUUGCUCCUGAUGUUCACCCAAGCCUCCGUCUUCGGGCUGCUAGCCAUCGCUGUGGAGAGAUACGUCUCCAUCCUGAAGCCCUUCCAGUACCAGUCGCUGCUAAGUCCUCGCAAUUCCCUGCUGGUGAUUGCGGCUUGUUGGCUGAUGUCCAUCUUCACCAGCUUGAUCCCUCUGAUGGGCUGGCACGACCCCCUGCCCCCCAGCAGGGAGUGCCUUUUCAACAGCAUCAUCACCAACGCCUACAUGGUCUACUUCAACUUCAUGAUGUGCAUGUUGGCCCCGUUGGGGGUCAUGCUGAUGCUGUACGGGCGCAUCUUCUUGGAGGCCAGGCGUCAGAUCCGCAAAGUGGCCGAAGGGGAGGUCAACAUCAGCGCUCAGAAGAGGCGCCGGAUCAUAGCCCGCAAGGAGAUGCGGAUGGCCACUUCGCUCUUCAUCAUCCUCUUCUUCUUCAUUCUGUGCUGGCUGCCUCUCCACAUUCUCAACACCGUCAUGCUCCUCUGCCCCACCUGUUGCAUCCCCAGUCAGCUGAUCCUGGCCACCAUCAUCCUCUCCCACGCCAAUUCUGCCAUCAACCCGGUGGUUUACGUCUUCCGUGUGCGAUCCUUCCGAGACGCCCUCGAAAGCACCCUGGUCUGCAUCUGUGGUUCCGGCCAACUCUCCGCGCUUGGGACGACGCCCGCCAACACUGUAGAACCGCCGCCACUUCAUAACACUUUCCUGCCAGGCAAGUGA